AAAGUAUUUAAACGUACCAAUCAGACUUCAGCGCAAAAUAUAGUUCAAGGUCACCCUAGCGUACAGUUGUCGAUAAAACGAACGAGGCUAUAAUUUAUGGACGAACUAAACGCGAAAUUCACUAGUCGAUUUUGAUAAAUAGAGUUCUUGCAUUAUAGUUGAUGUAAGUUCGUGUUGAAAACUCGAGAUCUAAUGCCUAAGCUUAAUCGUUAACUCCAUAUUAUUAGUUCCAACACUAACCCAAGGGGUAACACCCAAAAACAUUAGACACAACAUAGCAGAACGGACUGUGGACACAACUCCUUCUCCUUAAGAGUUGUCAAAUGCUGGAAUUCGCUGCCGGCCGAGCUAGUCCAAACGUCUUCCCAGGAGUCCUUUAAGAGGCAACUUGAUAUAAUCUUAAGGAAUAAGGAUAGUAUCACACUAUGAUUUACUAAUUUCUUUUUCGCCUUUUAUUGUUAACAUACCUAGGUUCCUGCCUGGAGGUUUUGGUGAUCCCCUGCUUCUAGACACGGAAGCCUGUUUAGCGAAAGCUUCCAUUCCAUCCGCAACCAUUUGAACCAUUCUAAUUCCUCACACAGGUUCGUAACCCUCAUUUGGUCCUGGUUACUAGGUAGACACUCUCCAGGCCAGUCUGGCGUCGCUCAAAGCUCGUCCAUAAAUUAUAGUUUCAUCACGCAAACUUCUAUUCUUAAAUGUAGUAUUUACUAGAAUUGACGUAGAAGUAUAUUUCGGUAAUAUUUAAUGAUUGAUGCUUUUCGACCUCACAGGCCUCAUCAAAUGUCUUUUAUUGUCAAUAAAGAACUAUGAGUAGUUCGCUGCACAACAAUCUGCGAGAAGUUUUUGGUUGCGAUGCUAUAGAUUCUUGUUUUUGUAAAGAAUUAUUUUUCGAACAAGUUGUAUAUUUCUUACAAACUUCAAACUUAACAUCACAACUCGCUACGCUGGUGGAAGAAUGUAAUUGUUUGGUGAGUAUUUCUACCAUCAAUCUUUAUCAUACUCUUGAUGAUGAUAAUGAUCUUCUGAGGUUACUGUGUUUGUUCAUAAAAUUGAUUGGUAAUUUAAAUGACGAGUUGAAUGCAUAUCUUGGAUCUAUCCUCGACUCAAGAUUGGAGUCAAUAAUGAAUGACAAUAGAAUAAUGAGCGAAGUACAGUGCCUUGUUACAUCGGUGUUAAGUUCAUUGAAAUGUGAAAAUUUAUUACAACCAUUAUGGCAUAGUUAUUUGUGUUUAGAACUUGAGUCGGCUGAAAUGGAUACUGAAGAGUCGAAUAUAUUCUCUUCCAUCAUUUGUCCAAACAUUACAGACAGAAAAAUGCAAAUUUUGUUAUCAGCCCGGAAUUCAACUCAUAAUCAUUCUCUAGUCAGUUGGAAUAAUUUAUAUCAACAUUUAUGUGCACCUUAUAUUAAAGAAGCUCUAUCAUACAGAACAAAGUUAUUGUGUUCUGAAAAUUAUGCCGAACGAUUUCUAGAUUCAAUAAUAAAAUAUAAAAACUGCGUACUGAAAAAAGUUCUCAUACCUAGACUAUUCUCAAGAAAAAGUGAUGUACAUGAUAUCAAUUCUGAGUUAUCGGAUGAAAUUGUAUAUAAGACAUUCUAUUUAGUUCAUAAACCUGAUAUGUUUUCAUUAGUUAUUGAAUACCCAGACUCUGUUGCUGCGCUUAUGGACCUGGGUAAAUGUUUGGAUAAUCUCCCAAUACGUCAAGAUUUGAUUACUCACCUAACCGAAGAAGUUCAACAACGAUUAUUACAUCCAGGUGUUCAUACUGAACAAAUUUUAGCUGCUUAUAAUUACUUAGUACGAGCUUUACGUUUAAUCGAUAGUACAUUUCUGGUACAAGAUAUAGUUUGCAAACCAGUCUCGGCAUGUCUUCGGCAAAGAGAGGAUGCGGUUCGUUGUAUAGUUGAUAAAUUAAUAUCUGGCUCAGAAACCGAUGGUGAAGACGAUGAAAUUAAAGCUGAAGCAUACACUGAUACAACUACAGAACUUCAUCAAGAAUUAUUAUUGCCUAAACCAUUGGAAGUUGAACCAUUGGAUGGUGGUGAAGAUAGUGAUGCUGAUAUUGUCUAUGAAGACCCACCAUUUGACUCCGAUAUACAUUCUGCUAACUCGGAUAAACAUUUUCUUUUGGAAAGUGAUUGGAAACCAGAUCCUAUUGAAGCUUUAUGUCAACGAGGAUCUUGGCGUCGUAAGUUAGAUCUUUUAAGCAUGUUAGUUAGCAUUUAUGGAAGUAAGAAAGCAUUUUUAGUUGAAUACAAACAAUUAUUGAGUCAACGUUUAUUAAGACAGAGAAGUUUCCAUACAGCAAGAGAAUUACGAAAUUUGGAGCUGUUAAAACUUCGGUUUGGCGAACAGAAUUUACAUGAAUGUGAAGUUAUGCUUAAAGAUAUUCGAGAUUCGAAACGAAUUGCUAAUUUGGUAUCAGAAGCUACGUCAAAUAAUUCAAAAGGAAAGCAUUUAGAUCAAACAGAUAAAUUAUUAAACAGUCCUACUCUUGCUCCUGAUGGUAAUGAAAUCAUGGAAUCAGAUGAAACGCAGUUAAAAGUUGAUUGUUUGGAGAAUAAUGCAACGUCUGUCGUAUGUGUUACUGGCGCUACUACGACUCCCAUUACUACUGCCAGUAAUGAUGAUAAUUUUGUUUUGAGCAGUAAUAAUAGUAGUGCUAAUAAUAUUGCUUUUCCUUUAUCUGCUUACAUUUUAUCUAUUCAUUAUUGGCCGGAAUUGCUUGAUGAUAAAUUUAAGAUACCUGAAGAUUUCCGUCCAGUAUUUGAACACUAUGAACAAUGUUUCCAACGUCUUAAAGGCAAUAGAACACUCAAUUGGAUGCAUAAACUGGGUCUAGUGAAUAUCGAUCUUACACUUGGCAAACGUAGUGUGAAAAUUGAUGUUACACCGUUGCAGGUAUCAAUUGUUCAUCUAUUCACAAAACAACGUACUUGGUAUAUAAGAGAUUUAGCUCAAAAACUAGAAAGUCAAAUCUCUACUAUUCGAACUAGUUUAUAUAUGUUUAUUCAGUUAGGAUUUAUACGACUAUCUGAUUCACACGAUAGUAAUAACCAUGUAAAUUUUACAAGUGAAAAUCUAGAAAUCUAUGAAGUUUGUGAUGAGACAGAUACUACUAAUUCAAAUGAGAAGUUAAGUAAUUCAAAUAGUAUAAAUUAUUCAAAUGAUCCUGAGAAAAUUGAUUCAAACACUAUUGAAACAACAAAUAAUUGGAUGUUUACAUCACAAGAUCAUUCUGAUUCACUUGUAGCUAGUGUUAGAGAACGUAAAGAAAAGGAAUUACAAGUAAGUACUAAUAAUACUCAUAUUAAUUUGUACACUAUAUGUUAUAUAACAUUCCUAUUAUAUACCAUAUUAGUUCAUUAGUUUACAUAGUUCAGUGACACUUGUUUGAAAGGUAUCAACACACUCAAUAGAACAGUAUUAGUACUUAUUAAAUGCAAUAUUGAGCAAGUUUAAUUUCUUUUGAAUACAUAUUCAUGUAGUUUUAAUGAAACAUCGUUGCGCUAUUGACUCACCCCUCAAAGCGUAGUAUCCUUAAUAAAUAUCAUGUACACAGGACACACUAAGCUGUGCAAUCAUCCACCUUCCUCCCUUUAAAUCGACCAACAACAUCUUUAGACAUAAUAGCUCAAUUUUGUUAUCCCUUUUUAAUUGUACCAUUUGAUGACACCGUAAAGUAAGGCUAUUGGAAAUACAUGACGAUGACAUUAGCCUGUUACCUCAAUGUCGUCAAACUGCUCGAUAAUAUAAAGAUCAAUGAAAUUAAACCUCGCCAAUUAAUGACCACUCUUCAGAAGUGUAUUUUAACCAUCAAAUUUCGAAGCUAUUUUUGCAUGCUUUAAACUACUCGUACUCGUUUUCACACUUGAAAUUCAACCAUUUAAAAUGAUUGAAUGUGAUCUCCGGUGGCAUUUAAGAAUAAUCUUCAAAUAACGAAAUUCAAUAGCAAGCUAUUCUAACUUAUAGUUGAAGCGCUACGUUUAUCAGGCUGUAAAAUAUCAAUAAGAGUAUUUUGCUGCAUGUGCGUUUGCUUUUUACUUAUAACAUCGUCCAUACAAAUCGUUGCUUUUAUUUGACAGUAUCAAAAUCAAGCAGUUUAUUUAGAGAAGCUGAAGGUUAUCUUUCGAUGAGUUUAAGCGUCUCCUUCAGUGCCUUAACCUAUAUCCCAUGUGAGUUCUCAAGGACUUCCAUACCGAUUAUUUCCCUACCAUUGAAGCUAUUCGGAAGUAAAGAAUCACUCAUCUGAAUGAUGCUUGUAUAAUGAUUAUGUAGUAGAUAAAACACAACUAUUCGUGUUUAUUGGUUAUAUGUAUUUGUCCCCACAUACAAAAGGUUGUAAACAUAAAUACUAUCCAUGAAUGGAUAUUUGAUUUAUGCGUCAACAUUGCUCUCGAAUAAGUCAGAUACGUUUCAGUAAUAAGAGGGAAUAAUUGCUCUUGGUAUGAAUAUCUGAUUUAUUUCAUUUAAAGUACAUAGAUCCUAAUAAGUAACAAAAAGUGUGCUACACUUAAAAGAAAUAAAAGAGAAAUUGGCAGUAUAAUCAAUAAAUAAAUGGGCAGAAAUAGUAAUCCAUAAAAGGUAGAUUUCAGUGUAAAAUACAGCUGUCAGUAACAACGUAGAACGUUGUUACUGACUGACUGCUGACACCUAGGUUACUAUUUUCAGCUAAGGACGCUCAUUCUAUUUUGGUUAUCACUGAAACAGAACUUAUACGGGUCGACGUAAAGAAAGGUGGAUAUCGAUAACAGAUGAAUAUUUAUUUAUAAAAUGUACCGUACUUUAGUUCAUAUGUAACAACUUUAAGUUUACGCAUAUUUUUGCAUGUUAUUGC